AUGCUCGUCGGCGGUAACGGAGAUGUACGCCUACCUCUAUCAGAACGAGCUCGACCUGGGCAAGCACGGAAGACGACAGCCAAGAUCCCGGCGGUCACCACCUUCAUGAAGAAUAGGGGCGUGUGCUACACAAACAAGUCCGUCAAUGCAUGUAGGACGAUAUACAUGACGACGGUGAAGGAAAUUGCGAGGCUCAGCAUGCUCUGCACGAAAACGGAGUACAUCAAGAACGACGGACUGGCUCGGACGGAGGGGUUGGCGCUUUCGCUCUUCUCCGCGUUCGUGCCCGAGAUAGAGGUCAGUAUAGAGGCAGUCUAUGUCGCCUUGAUGAUGGACGGCAAGUCUGAGUGGUCCACUUCGGCCAUGUGCACGAACGUAACGCGGGUCAAGGAUACUGCCAAGGCUGAGUCCAUCGAGGAGGGCAUCAACCUCGCGUCCACAUCCGAUACAUUCUCGCGCUCAUUGUUCCUGGGGAACAUGUCCAAUUUCACCUCCUUCGGAGAGAGUGCAGCUCAGACGCCCGUAGUUAUGCCCAUUCGUGCCGAGGCCCUCAUCACCGUCAUCGUUUUGAGGAAGGCGAUCAUGGUUGUGUCCAUCACCCUCUUGAUGAUCAAAAUUCCGCACGAGAUCAGCAACUCGAUGUCUUUGGGCGAGCCGACGGACCGGGACAAGCCGUUGCCGAAGAUUCUCAGGCUACUGUUUCUCCCAUCCUUGUAG